CAAACGCGGCUUGCACAACCUCCUCUCCCCCUCUCCUCUCCUCUUCCUAGGGUGCGCGGCGCUCCACCCGCAGCAGCAGCAGCCACCGACUCCCGCUCCGCUGCCCCGCGGGGCCGCUCCCGGCCGGCCAUGGAGACUUCGUGGGUUAUGAAUGUGUUGGGUAUUGCAGAGAAAAUAAGAAGUGCAACUCAAUCGUUCACCCUCCGACUUGGUGAACUUUUUGCAAAACCACAUAUCAAAUGUACCAACUGCGACUGCGACAUUGACAUUAGUAAUGUUUCUUUGGUGUGGCCAGCACUUCCUGCUGGUGUCAAAUUUGAUCCCACGGACCUUGAACUUCUGCAGCAUCUACAAGCAAAAUCUAGCCCACCGGAUUCAGGGUCGCAUAUGCUUAUUAAUGAAUUUAUACCUACUAUAAAAGAGAAGGAGGGAAUUUGCUAUACACAUCCCAAAAAUCUCCCUGGUAUGAAGAUGGAUGGUAGCUGCCUCCAUUUCUUUAAUAGGAUAUUAAACGCAUAUGACAGUGGUAAGCGCAAGCGUCGGAGGAUUAUUGCCACCGGCGACAUUUGUGACGGUGUUGCUGAUGGGAACAGCAGGUGGCAUAAGACCGGAUCAUCCAAACCCAUAUUUGACGAGAAUGGUGUGAGAAUAGGCUGGAAGAAGAUCUUAGUUCUUUAUAAAGGUCCCAAGAAAGUUGGUGGCAAGCCAAAAAGAGAAAAUUGGGUGAUGCAUCAAUACCAUCUUGGUCUAAAAGAAGAUGAAACCAAUGGGCAAUUUGUAGUCUGUAAAGUAUUCUACCAAUUGCCAUCGAAGAAAAGUGACAACUCUAAAACAGAUGUUGUAGUUGAAUCUGUUUCAUCUGUUGCAAAAAUUAAUCCUAGGACUCCAAUGACAUAUCCUCCCCAGCCCCGUAGGCUGAACAACAGCCCAUGCAACACCGAGCAGUAUACCCCCAUUCAGCAGGAUCAGGGGGAAGAAGAAUGUGGCACAUCGAAGAUGAAGGUUGAAGCAGCUGAAUGCUCUGCAUGCUUUGCUGAAUUUUCACCAGCUAUCCCUACCUCGCAUGAACUCAGGACCCCAAUGGCAGAUCCUCCCCAGCCCCAUCGCCUGAACAACAGCCCAUGUAAUACCGAGCAGUAUACCCACAUUCAGGUGGAUCAGGGGGAAGAAGAAUGUAGCACAUCUAAGGUGAAGGCUGAAGCAGCUGAAUGCUCUGCAUGCGUUGCUGAACAAUCACCAGCUAUUCCUACCUCGGAUGAACCCAUGCAGCCUACGGAUGCCCUGGACACAGGACUUGACGCAUCUCUACCCUUCCAUGGUCUGUUUGAUGGGUUGCCUGACCUGGAUAAUACUCUUCCAUUCACUGGAACACCUUCAGGUGAUAGUAUCAGUUUACAUGACAUCUACGGACCACAGGAUAGCACUAGGGCCUGGCCAUACGACUUCCUCUGACGCAAAACAAGGCUCGGAGCUGGCAGCAGUGGCGCUGCACAAAGGAGCCAGUUCUGUUCUGUAUGACUGCAGCGUGUUAAUCAUCGCCUUGUGAGAUGCUUCGUGCGCAAGACUGCAUUUCAGCAGCUCACGAGAAGUUUUGUACAGUAGGAGUAGUAGAACCGAGAGAGGUUAGCAAACGACUUCCAAAUCCCGUCGUAAGCUACUGUUUGUAAUAUCCAUGUUGUCGUGUAAUAUGCAGUGAUGUUGUGAAAGUCAUCCUUAUUAAAAGAGAGCGAAAGUGGGGGGGAAAAAAUUUCUACUAACA